CUAUCGUGAAGUCGGGUUUAAGAAGGGGAACCACCAGGUUCUUAUAUAUUGUACCGUUUAAAAAACUAGGAAGACAAAAACCGUCAGCAACUAUUACACAUUAUACACUAGAAACACGUUUUCAGCAGCGAUGCGUGAUGCGUGGUGCACUAGGUCUCUCAGUCUGUGUGUAUUGUACCUAUUGUACAAGCAGACAAGGUACGCUGUACAGUACAAACUGAACAAUACAAUACAAUACUGUUCGAAGAACAGGUUGCGAGUCGCCUUAAUCCUUGUCAGUUUAACAAGCUUCCAUAGGUACCUAACAGCUAGCAGCGCCAGGGAUUCCCGGGGAAAUGUACAUACAAUACUGUUCUCGAAAUCUAAGGGUACCUUAUCGACUUGGUAUUCCCCCGUACAACCUGUACCAUCCGUACUAAAAAAAAAAAAUUAGUAUUGAAAACCAGUGGAAGAAUCCCAAUCGAAGAAUUCUUUCAUCACGGUGAACCCAAAUGGAACAAAAGCGACAAGCUAACAAUGCAGCUAACUGGAACGGGCGGAGCGUCCCCCUCUCAUUG